GUGAUGCUGGCGGAGAGGAAGGGCACGGACGAGCUCUACGCCGUGAAGAUCUUGAAGAAGGACGUCGUUAUCCAGGACGACGACGUGGAGUGCACGAUGGUUGAAAAGCGCGUCCUGGCUCUCUCCGGGAAGCCUCCCUUCCUGACCCAGCUCCACUCCUGCUUUCAGACGAUGGAUCGCUUGUAUUUUGUGAUGGAGUACGUGAACGGUGGGGACUUAAUGUACCAGAUCCAGCAGGUUGGGAGGUUUAAAGAGCCACAUGCUGUAUUCUACGCAGCAGAAAUAGCCAUCGGCCUCUUCUUCCUGCAGAGCAAAGGCAUCAUUUAUCGAGACCUAAAGCUGGACAACGUGAUGCUGGAUAGCGAGGGGCACAUCAAGAUCGCCGACUUCGGCAUGUGCAAGGAGAACAUCUGGGACGGGGUGACUACCAAGACCUUCUGCGGCACGCCAGACUACAUUGCGCCUGAGAUAAUUGCUUAUCAGCCCUAUGGGAAGUCCGUGGAUUGGUGGGCGUUUGGAGUCCUGCUCUAUGAAAUGUUAGCUGGCCAGGCUCCCUUUGAGGGGGAAGAUGAAGACGAGCUCUUCCAGUCCAUCAUGGAGCACAACGUAGCCUACCCCAAGUCCAUGUCCAAGGAGGCAGUGGCCAUCUGCAAAGGGCUGAUGACCAAGCACCCUGCCAAGCGACUGGGAUGUGGCCCAGAAGGGGAGCGGGACAUCAAGGAGCACGCGUUCUUCCGCUACAUCGACUGGGAUAAGCUGGAGCGCAAGGAGAUCCAGCCUCCCUUCAAGCCAAAGGCU